CUCUGAACGACGUAAGUUUAAAGUUUGAAGUGAUAAGGCAUUCUGUUCUCAUCCGCAAGAACGCCGCCGGGCGCUGAUGCUUAGUGAAGCUUGAAAACGACCAGCUACUGCAUAGCUAGUGGGCUUUAGACCUUUUUGGCUUGUUCCGUUACACUUAGUUGGCAAUAAGGAAUGAAAUAGCUACUCUCAGUCAAACUGGAAAUAGCAAAAUCAUGCCUGCUCUAUCUGCAACAAGGGCAUUUCUACAUUUUGGGGAUUCCUUAUCACUGAGAAAUCUUUCUGGGCUUACUAGAAUACCUCCACUUAAUGGCAGAGUAAGGUUUUUAAGUGACUUUGGUCCUCUUACACUAGCUAGCCUUGGAUUGAAGAAUGAUGUUGAAACGAUAAGCAGGAAUGCUAAAAAUAAGCUUCAGGAGGGUGUUUCCACAAUUGAAGUCCCCAAGAACAAUACCAAGAAAAAGGUGAACCAGAAAAGAAACAAUGGAGUGAAAGAGACGAAGUCCAUAGACAUAGGGGCAGCACCUUUUGCUGCAAAAUCCUUUUCUGAGCUUGGCCUGCCAUCUUUACUGAUUGAAAGACUUGAGAAGGAAGGAUUUACAGUUCCAACAGACGUUCAGGCUGCUGCAAUUCCAACUAUUCUUAGAAAUCAUGAUGUUGUUAUUCAGUCCUACACUGGUUCAGGAAAAACAUUGGCAUAUCUUCUUCCAAUACUCUCCCAUGUUUUCCCUUUGAAUGGUGUAAAUUCAAGCAGUGAUCAAGCUCAGAACAGAACAGAUAUAGAAGCUGUUAUUGUGGCUCCUUCAAGGGAACUUGGUAUGCAGAUUGUCAGGGAAACUGAAAAGCUAUUAGGACCUGACAGAAGACUGGUUCAGCAGCUUGUUGGAGGUGCAAACCGAUCAAGACAGGAAGAAGCACUCAAGAAAAAUAAGCCAGCCAUCGUAGUUGGUACUCCUGGUCGGAUUGCAGAAAUCAGUGCAGCUGGAAAGCUUCACACUCAUGGCUGUCGUUACUUGGUUUUAGAUGAAGUUGAUGAGCUUCUUGCAUUCAAUUUUCGGGAGGACAUGCAGCGGAUACUAGAUCAUGUGGGAAGGAGAUCUGGUGCCGGACUGCGUGCUUCAAGCAGUUCUGUGAAGCGGGCAGAGCGACAGACUAUACUGGUCUCUGCAACAGUGCCAUUUUCAGUGAUUAGGGCUGCUAGAAGUUGGGGUUGUGACCCACUACUUGUCCAAGCCAACAUGGUCACCCCGCUUCAAUCUCUGCCUCCUGGAUCUGUAGAUUUCUCUGGAACACCUACCAGUGCUAGUUUGAACUCCAACUUCCAGGCUCAGCCUGCUGUUCAGAGCUUACCACCUAAUCUAAAUCACUAUUAUUGUGUCACAAGAAUACAGCACAAAGUUGAAGUGCUAAGAAGAUGUAUACAUGCUCUGGACGCCAAGUCUGUAAUAGCAUUUAUGAACCAUACUAAACAACUGAAAGACGCUGUUUAUAAACUAGAAGCUCGUGGUAUGAAAGCUGCAGAACUACAUGGUGACCUUAGCAAAUUAGCGAGAUCAACCAUUUUAAAGGACUUCAGAAAUGGAGAGGUCAGGGUGCUGCUGACAAGUGAACUUUCCGCUAGAGGUUUGGAUGUGCCAGAGUGUGAUCUUGUAGUGAAUCUGGAAUUACCUACUGACUCAAUUCAUUACGCACAUAGAGCUGGACGUACAGGCCGGCUUGGACGAAAGGGUAAUGUGGUCACCAUAUGUGAGGAAGCAGAAGUUUUUGUUGUAAGAAAGUUACAGAAGCAGCUCAGUAUCCCCAUUCAAAGUUGUGAGUUUGCUGAAGGAAAACUAGUUAUUACUAAAGACGAAUAAAGUAGGUAGAUUAUAGAGGUAAACGUAGUUUUUCUAUAUGUUGAAUUUGUAAGACAUUGUAUGAAAGCAAUCGAACAACUUCAUUUUGCUAGAAUCUUAACUUCAGCAGUUGAAUA